GUUCUUGCGGCUAAAAUCCAGAGACUAAGUAAAGGAAAUGAAAAAGAUGUUGGUGAAGUGGUUUACAUUGUGCCUUGCCGCAAUGCUCUUCCUGCUGGCCCAUGGCAGUGAUAGGAAAUGCCCCAUAGAGUGUAGUUGCGGCAUAGAUGAGGAGAGACGUUUUCAAACCAUAUGUACUAAAGGUGGACUAACACGAUUUCCUUUCGAGCAUAUAGACAAAGAUGUCCAGGUUAUAAUUAUUCAAGGACCACGAAACACAGUAACCAUUGGCCAGUUUUUGCGUAAUUUUCUUAAACUGGAAGAAAUGCGGAUAACAGACUCUAACCUGCCAGUCAUAGGACCUGAAAGUUUAUGGGGAUUGCAACAUUUGAGAAUAUUGGAUUUUUCCCGAAACAACAUUUCGCUGAUACAACAGAGUCACUUUCGUGGACAAAAUAAUUUGCUGGAAUUGGAUUUAUCAAAAAACAAAAUAAUUACCAUGGCCAGUUCGGUGUUUUGCAAUUUAACGGAUCUCAGACGUCUCAAUUUGGCUGACAACUCAAUAGGGGAAUUGGUGCAGCGCAUAUUUUUCAUGCUGAGCAAAUUGAAAUACUUGGAUCUAAGCGGUAAUCCUUUACAGGAGCUGCCACCGGAUGUGUUUCGUGAUGUGCCCCAAUUGAAAAUAUUCAAAUGUCGCAACUGUCAAUUGAAAAAAAUCAAUCCCCAAUUGUACAAUUUAUUGCCGCAGCUAAAUGAGCUCGAUUUGGGAAGAAAUGAGUUCAAAUUUCUCGACAAAGAUGAAUUUCGUGACAUCAAACAUUUGAGGAAACUUUUGCUGGAUGGUAAUCAAUUGUCCGUGGUUGUCGAUGAACUAUUUCGUUCGCAGAAAAAUCUACAGCAUUUGGAUUUGUCCUACAAUCGUUUGGCCAAAGUUCCCAGCGAUUCAUUUCUAAGUUUGACUAAUUUGACUUUUCUGGAUUUGUCGUAUAACAAAUUGGUGCGUUUAGAACCGCAGUCAGUGAGGCGUCUUAGCCAUUUGCAAACUUUGAAUAUAAGUGGCAAUGUGCAUAUGAAUCUUCUUGAAAUGCGAGAGACAUUUGACCUUUUGCCGCACCUGACACAUCUCUCGAUUGCCGAUAUGAAUAUAUUGCCCGUUGGCUUGCUAAAUCCAUUUAAACAUCUCCGUUAUUUGAAUAUAUCCGGCAAUCAUUUGGAUGUCCUGUCUCUGCAAGUCAUAGAGCCCUGCCAGGAAUUGGAGUUCUUGGACCUCUCACGUAACCAACUACACGGAAUAAAUGAGGAACUUGUGUUGCGCAUACAAGCUAUUCGUAAUGUACGACUUGAUAAUAAUCCCUUAAUAUGUGAUGAAUGCCAUAUGGGCAAACUGAUAGAUGUUGUCAGACAGCUACAGUGGAAAUGGGAAACAUAUCCGAUUUGUUUUCUACCAAAAACUUUAAGAGGUGCUGAGAUAACAGACCUGGAUGCAAAUGGCCUAGACACCUGCCUAGAGUACAUAACCGAUGAGGAACAAAAUGCAGCUAGUACUUCACACAAUUUUCUUGAAGCUGGUGGCCUUAAUACUCUCGCCAUAUUGGGUGGUGUUAUAUUCGUUCUAAUUGCCAUCAUCAUAAUCUCUGUGGCUAUUUGUUUCUCGAGAAAUCGUGCCCGCUACUAUACUCGAGAGGAUAACCUCAAUGGCAGUGAAGACAAAUGUUUGGAAAAGAAUGUGGAAACUACCAACACAACCAUUACGGCCCACAGCAAUGGGUCGGCCAACGCCUCGCCCACCAAUGGCACCAGCAAGAGGACACCAAUGAAUGCCCAGAGCAAUGGCUUCGAGAGCAUGGCCUCCGAGCCACUCAAUCCCAAGAAGAAUGGUGAUAACGUUGAGGCCCAGGCGAAUGAAAUAAAUUUCAAGUUUCCCAUCGAUGAUCGCGUGUGCACCAUUGAUGAACUGAUGGUGGCGCCACCACCAGGUCCUUUGUCCACCACCACCACCGGCGCCAACAGUAGCAGUCUGACAAAACCUCCAAUGUCGGCUGCGUCAGCAAAAGAUGCAUCGAGUUGUAGCAGCUUAAAUUUAAGAUACUUAGCAUCGCCCCUUAACUGUGGCAGUACCACGGCCAGAGCGGCCGUGGCUGCUGCGGCCACUGUUAUACCACCGGGGGCACCAUCGGCCGGUGCGGCAAAUACAAUGCUCAGCGGCACGCCUUUGACACACCAUCAUGGCACAAUGCCACCGGAGGCAAUAGUGGUGGUAUUACCACCGCCACCAACAACAAUGCUGACAACAGAGCUUCAGCAGCAACAACACCAGCAGCAGCAACAUCAGCAACAAUUGUUGCAUUUAACCACACUUGAACCCUUGGUCAGCGUCAACUGACCCCAAGGCAUUAUGGGUCAUUCGAAUGCUACAAUGCGAUUGCAUACAACCACGGCAAUGCCUUCGCAUUUCAACAAUGACUAUCACACGCAGCAGCAGCAGCAGCAAAUGACAAAAACCACCCAUACGUAGAUAAACUACGACCAACAGUAUAGCCCACAACCACUACCGCCAUCACUACCACCACCACCACCAACACUGCUGUUGCAACUUGUGUCCUUGUCCUUUCCCUGUGGGAAGCUAUGGAAUUGGUUUAAGGCUAAAAACACUUGAUGUGUGAGAGUCUUAAACAAUUCCUUUGUACAAAGUAAUGUAAUGUUCUUAAUGCCGUUUUAUCCUUCAUCCAUACCCAUCUGCAGGUGUAUAUAUACACAUACAUAAAAAAAAAUACUAUCAUACUUUUUCAUAUAUACACAGACAUACACAUACAACGUUUUAUAAUAUGGGGCUUUCCACAAAUAAUUAUGUAUGGUGAAUUUAAAAAUACAUGUUUAGACUUACAAAGAGGCAAAACGAAUGGACAUAGAAAGAAAAUUGCUCAUAGACGCAAUCUAAGCCAACUAAGAACCAAUUAUUUCCUAAAGAAACCCUACUCGGAAUCUGGAACUUAAAAUUCAACUCAAAAACUGUUUACUUAAGAUUUAGAAAAAAACAUACUGCAGCCCUAAGCCACUUUCUAAGUAGGGCAUUGUUUCAAGCAUGUCUGUCUUUUCAUCGAUACAUGUUUUUCUGGUAAGUCCCUCUGGUGCACCCUGUAUGUUCUCUCCUCAAAUUGAUCGUACAUCAAACACGCUGAACCCAACAUAGAACGACAUCUGAAAACUAGGUCCUAACUAAAUCAAGGUAUGAAGAAGCCUUAGUUUUGUCAUAAUUGACCAACCUUUUGCUUGUAAAGUACUCUUCAGCAAAAAGUACAACGAUAGCCUUUACAGAAAACUGUUGAUCUACAAACCUGGAAUUGAAUCUGUACGUUUUAAGCAGAAUCCAUGAUAGUGGAAGGCCAAUUCACAUGAACUUUCUCUUCAUAAAAUCAUUUGAACAAACAUCAAAGUCUAUGCAUAAGAAUUUCAUUUUUGAUUGAUUAACUAACAUAAAUAUUUCCAUUAUUGAUAUUUACAUAACACUUAUUUAUGAAUUUAAUUAAGUUUUUUAUUUAACUUAAAAUAAAAAUAUUAUUUCUAAUAUUUAAUUUGUCUCUUACGAAACCACACGAACACAUUUCUCAAUGUGAUAUUUUCAUAAAAUGCUAAACAAAUAAGAAAAAAUAAACAAAUAUUUAAUUAAAUGUAAAUAAUUGUAGGAAAAAGAAAAGAAAACAAAAAAAAAACGAUAUAUGUAAGAAAUGCAAAUAACAAAAAUACCACAUUUUAUCAUAAAGUUAUAUUUGCAUAAUUUAAGAGAGAGAAAGAAAGAGAGAGAGAGAGAAAAAAAACACAGAAAUAUUUAUAUUAUAAAGUGUUCAUAUGCAAAUAAAAUUUGCAUAAGUAUUUUGAACAAAUAGUUAAGUUAGAGCCCUAACCUAAUCAAUCACAUAUUCGACAUUCCAUCCUUUUGACUGCUGCAUUUGAAAACAUCACUCCAAAGCAGUUACACACACACAUAUGCAGGGUGUUGUUUGUUUGGAGUAACAGAACUUAAAUGAAAUAUGACAACAGCACUUUUUUGAAAUAAUUAUGAUUUUAUUCCAUUUUAAAAACCUUUUAUGAAAUUUCGGAUAUUUUUUAUGUAAAAUUCAUCUACUUUAACUUUUUGAUAAUUUAACAUAUUUAUACCCUACACCACUACUGUGGUACAGGGUAUUAUAACUUAGUGCAUUUGUUUGUAACACCCAAAAGGAAGAGAGAUGGACCCAUUGAUAAGUAAACCGAUCGACUCAGAAUCACUUUCUGAUUCGAUUUAGCUAUGUCUGUCCGUCUAUAUGUCCGUCUGUCUGUCUGUCUGUAUGUCUGUCUGUCUGUCCGUCUGUCUGUCUGUCUGUCUGUCUGUCUGUCUGUCUGUCUGUCUGUCUGUCCGUCUGUCUGUCUGUCUGUCUAUCUGUCUGUCCGUCUGUCCGUUUGUCUGUCUGUCCGUCUGUCUAUCCGUGUGCCUGUCCGUCUGUCUGUCUGUCUGUCCGUCUAUCUGUCUGUCCGUCUGUCCGUCUGUCCGUCUGUCCGUCGUUCCGUCUGUCUGUCUGUCCGUCUGUCUAUCCGUGUGCCUGUCCGUCUGUCUAUCCGUCUGUCUGUCCGUCUGUCUGUCCGGCUGUCUGUCCGUCUGUCUGUUCGUCUGUCUGUCUGUCCGUCUGUCUGUCCGUCUGUCUGUCCGUCUGUCUGUCUGUCCGUCUGUCUGUCUGUCCGUCUGUCUGUCCGUCCGUGGAAAAAAUCGGUUCAGAUUUGAAUAUAGCUUCCACACAUAUGUUCGUCCGAUUUGCAGUAAGACAGCAAUAAAAUGGUCAUUUGUUGACUGUUCUUCUCUUGAAAUUUCGAAGGAAGGAUUAUCUUAUGACUUCUAAUAUUAUUGGUGAAUUUCAUAGAAAUCAGUUCAGAUUUGGAUGUAGCUCCCAUAUAUAUGUUCGUCCGAUUUGGAGUAAUACGGCAAUAAAAUGUUCAUUUGUUAACCGAUUUUCUCGAAAUUCGACAGGAAUGAUUUUCUUGUGACUCCCGCUAAUACAGGUGAAUUUCAUAUAAAUUGGCUCAGAUUUGGAUAUAGCUCCCAUAUAUAUGUUCAUCCGAUUUCUAGUAAUACAGCAAUUAAAUGGUCAUUUGUUAACCAUUUUUCUCGAAAUUUGGCAGGAAAGAUUUUCUUAUGACUGUCAAUAUUACUGGUGAAUUUCAUAGAAAUCGUCUCAGAUUUGGAUAUAGCUCCCACACAUAUAUUCGUCCGAUUUGCAGUAAUACAGGAAUAAAAUGGUCAUUUGUUGACCGAUUUUCUCGAAAUUGGAUACGAAUGAUUUUCUUGUGACUCCCGCUAAUACAGGUGAAUUUCAUAGAAAUCGGCUCAGAUUUGGAUAUAGCUCCCAUAUAUAUGUUCGUCCGAUUUGCAGUAAUACAGCAAUAAAAUGGUCAUUUGUUGACCGUUUCUCUCGAAAUUUGACAGGAAGGUUUUUCUUGUGCCUCCAGAUAUUACAGUUAAAUUUUAUAGAAGUCGGUUCAGAUUUGGAUAUAGCUCCCAUAUAUAUGUUCGUUCGAUUUGCAGUAAUACAGCAAUAAAAUGGUCAUUUGUUAACCGAUUCUCUCGUAAUUCGACAGAAAGGGUUUUCUUAUGACUCUCAACAUUAUUGGUGAAUUUCAUAGAAAUCGGAUCAAAUUUGGAUAUAGCUCCCAUAUAUUACACGUUCAUCCGAUUUGCAGUAAUACGGCUAUAAAAUGGUCAUUUGUUAACCGAUUCUCUCGAAAUUUGGCCUGAAGGAUUUUCUUAUGACUGUCAAUGUUAUUGAUGGUUUUUAUAGAAAUCGGAUCAGAUUUGGAUAUAACUCCGACAUAUAUGUUCGUCCGAUUUGCAGUAAUACAGGAAUAAAAUGGUUAUUUGUUGACCGAUUCUUUCGAAAUUUGGCUGGAAGGAUUUUCUUAUGACUCUCUUUAUUCCUGGUGAAUUUCAUAGAAAUCGGUUCAGAUUUGGAUAUAGCACCCAUAUGUAUGUUCGUCCGAUUUGCAGUAAUACAGCAAUAAAAUGGUCAUUUGUUAACCUAUUCUCUCGAAUUUUGACACGAAGGAUUUUCUCAUGGUUUCCGACAUUAUUGGUGAAUUUCAUGGAAAUUGGCUCAGAUUUGGAUAUAGCUCCCAUAUAUAUGUUGGUCCGAUUUGCAGUAAUACAACAAUAAAAUGGUCAUUUGUUAACUAAUUCUCUCGAGAUUCGACAGGAAAGAUUUUCUUAUGACUUUCAAUAUUACUGGUGGAUUUCAUAGAAAUCGGUUCAGAUUUAGAUGUAGCUCUCAUAUGUAUAUAUCGCCCGAUUUUCACUCCUAGACCCACUACAAGCGCAUUUUUUGGCCAAUCUUCCCAAAAAAUACAACGCUUUUUUCGACGAAUCCCACAAUAUCCAUAAAGUUUGGUCGAAAUCGAUUUAGAUUUGGAUAUAGGUCCCAUGUAUUUGUUCGUCAGAUUUUGGAUAAUUUGUUGUCAUUUGACAACCGUAAUUAUUACAUUUUGAACAGAUUUGCUUUGCUCGAAAUUUUAUAUAGGAAUUUUAAUAUUCUAUAUGGAUACAUCUGCCGAGGUACAUCAAAAUUGGUUCAGAAUUAGAUGUCCAUCUUUUGUCUUUUGUGUUUAUAGGGUAGGUUUAGGGUAUUAUAAAGACCGCACCGCCAGACUUUUGCCUUUCCUUACUGGUUUUGUUAUACCCUACACCACUCCUGUGGUGCAGGUUAUUAGUUUGUUUUUAACUUCUGCCAUUUCAAAUGCAACACCCUGUAUAUGUAAGUUUUAAAGUUAUUGUAUUUUUUUUUUUUUAGAUAUAACCUGUAUAGUUUAUAUUAAAUUAAAUAUAAACCACAAAAUAGUAGCAUAAAUUCUUUGCAAAAAUGGAGAAUAACAAAAUGAAAUCAAUAAAAAAUUAAACACACUUAAACAUAAGCAUAAAGUCUAUAAAGAAAAACACAUGUAAGAUUUAUAAAAGAAAACAUGUAACAAUGUAAGAUUUAUAUAUACAUACCAACAACAGUGUCACAUGUAUUCACUUUUGAAAAGACAAAAAAAAAAAACUGACAAAACAAAUUGACUCCAAAGGGAUGCAUGCUUGCUUGCAUGCAUACCUACAAAAACAUUUACACAUAGCGCUCAUUCAUACACCUAGUUCAUAUACAAAUAAACACAUACUCACCACACACACACACACACAUACAUAGAUAGUUAUACUUACGAAAUGAACUCAAUAACAUGGUAAGAGAUAAUUUUAAUUGUUCAUAGUUCAAAAGAAACUAAAAAAAAAUCCAAAGGCCGAGAUCACACACACACACUCGUACAUACAACCACAAUCAUGGCAGUCAUUUAAAACGGCUUAAUUGGUUUCAUAUAUCAAAUUCUCCGUUCAGUUUGUUUUAUGGCUUCGAACCCAUGCAUUGAGUUUAUAUUUCAUUUAUUAUUUAGCAUAGUUUUAAGAAAGCAUUUAUUUAAAUCCUAGAAUUAUUUUGUAGCACUUAAAGAUGCAAUGAAACAUUUUUCUACAAUUAUUUGAAGCAUUCCCUUUUGCAAG